GGCGAUAAAAAUUUGGGACAAAGAAGUAGAUUAUGACCCUCGUUUUCGGCUAAUUUUACAAACGAAAUUAGCUAAUCCUCACUAUAAGCCCGAGAUACAAGCUCAAACUACUCUUAUCAACUUUACUGUAACAAAAGAUGGUUUGGAGGAACAACUUCUGGGUGACGUUGUGAAAGCUGAAAGACCUGAUUUAGAAUCCAAAAAAGCGGAAUUAACAACUCAACAAAAUACCUUCAAAAUUACCUUGAAGAGAUUGGAAGAUGAUCUUUUACACAGGUUAUCGACUGCUGGGCCAGACAUUUUAAGCGACGUCGAUCUCGUGAUCAAUCUCGAAACCACGAAAAAAACUGCUGCGGAAAUAGAAAUAAAAGUAGCUGAAGCUAGAGUAACUGCUGUAAAGAUAGACGAGGCUCGAGAAAUUUAUCGUCCUGUUGCGGCUCGAACCAACCUCUUAUAUUUCGUUUUAAACGAUUUGAACAAGAUCAAUAUGCUCUAUCAGUUUUCUUUGAAAGCUUUCAGCGUUGUCUUUCUGAACGCAAUCAGAUUUGCAGUAGCUUCGGAGGAUUUGGCUAAGCGCGUGGCUCUUUUAAUGGAUAGCAUCACUUAUCUAGUUUUCAUUUAUACAAGCAGAGGAUUAUUUGAAGCCGAUAAAUUGACCUUCCUUUGUCAAAUGACCAUUCAGGUAAAUAUUUUAUAAUUUAGAUCAGCGGUUCUCAAUCUGUGGAACCCGCCAUCCGUGUUGCCAGAUCCAAGGGAUUUCUUUUUCUUGGUUUUGUUUUGUCACUAUUCCUAUCUUAUACCUAGUAAUUAUUGUAUUACUUAUACGCUUCCUAUUAGUAAUUUGUAUAAAACAACCAUCUUCCAUUAGCUACAUUGCAACAUA